GGCUGGUUAAUCGCCUCGAAUGGAGAUGAAAUCUAGCGAGCUCUGCCUGAAUCACUUGCUUUUUCCUGUCCGGGUUUCUAGCUUGGGUUGUUGCCGCUGGGCGGCAUGCGACAUUGUAGCUGCCACCAUGUGAAGCAGAGGAACCGGUUUGUACAUUGUCGUGGUGAAGACAAUGAGAUUGUUUACUUUGGCGAUUUUCUUUUAUUGCUUUAUGUUCAACCUGUAUCAACGCCGUUGUCAUGGAAUCAAAUAUCCAAGCGUGGACGCCCAAAGAGCACACGAGUCUAAAAACAGACUAAGAUUCAUUCGUAACACGUCAUGCGGUGGUACAUUUACGUCACUGAAUGGGUCAUUUACAUCACCAGACUAUCCAAGUGAAUACCCAAAUGACUGCAACUGUCAAUUUCUUAUCACACUACCGUUGGGGUAUCACAUACAGUUGUUAUUCGUCGAUUUUUAUGUUGAACCUGACUAUGACUUUGUAUAUGUAUAUGAUGGUGCUGACACUAGUGCUGACACUAUUGGUAGUUACACUGGAUCACAAUCGUCGCUACUGAUCACGUCGUCCAUUAAUAAUCUAUUUAUAGUAUUUGAGAGUGACUCUGCAGUCAGUUACAGGGGCUUCACAGCUUCUUAUACAUCAUAUAGACAAGAAACAACGCCAGCUAGCAUCCCUCACACAGAAUCCGUAACAACGCCAGCUAGCGUCCCUCACACAGAAUCCGUUUCAACUUUACACGAGAACACACAUAAAACGACCAGCCCAAAUACUGCCAGUCACGUUACAGAGAGGGCGCCCUGCACGAAUGACCAGUUCACCUGUGAGAGUAGCAAACUGUGCAUUGCGACGUCAUCGGAAUGUGACGGGGACAAUGAUUGCAUCGACGGGUCAGAUGAGAGGAACUGUUCACUCACUUCCAACAUUAUCGUUCCCAUUAUCACCGUAUGUGGAGUCUCCGUGGGACUGGUUAUUGCUGUUGUACUGUUUUAUUGUAAUUUUAAAAAGAUAAAGUUAAAUCGAACGACGCCCUCGCCCCCAAUCGCUGGACCUCCAGUCACUGGUUCCAAAACGUCAUUAGGCAUGAUUGUCAUCGAUUAGUAGACCGCCAUUCACUGAUUACAGGACACUUCGUAUCGUUGUCGUCUAUUCACAAUAAGAGACUUGUAUAUGAGCUACCUUGUCGUCAAUUGCACAGUAUUAUUUGUAUUCUUCAAUGAUAGAAUGAAGCCAACCAUGGACUUGCUCACAUUGUCAGAAGUUAACGCAAGUGUGGGUUAGAUAAAAUAGUUUGACAUAUCAGCAUUACCGCAGUUAUUCUCAGAAUCUCAGGAAUACAGUAGUACGGGAGGUCACAUUAUAUAUGUUCAAGUACGUCAUCGCAUUACACCAAUUUUCGUCGCAGUUCAUAUAUAUAUAUAAGUCAAAUUAUUGUGCAAUAUCGCCAUUUAUUAUGACAUUAUGAUCAUUUAUUUAUAACACUAGUAAAUACAGUCUCACUUAGUGAACAUAGGGGCAUGUACUAAACUGUCAUGUGACCGUUACGCAUUGAAACAACUUAGAACAGGAUAUCACGUAAUCAACCAUCUGAAUCCCAUAUAUAGUACAACGUUUGUAAUCAUAAAUGAUUAACAUAAUAAUGCACAGCCAUGAUUAUUUGGGUAGUUUUCAGUUUUCAGCUACUUG